UACAGCCACAGGGAUAGCGUGUCUGCGGGAUUUUAAUGAGAGCUAAUGGGUACGUCUAUGUAUUAUUAACAAAAUGACGUGUACCAUGAUACAUAUGUGUAAUUCACGCACACUCACACAAACAGGAAGUAAAAGCAACUAACCAAUCAGGCUCCGGAAAAUGCGUCAUGCGCGGUGUAACCGUCUGUGUUGAAGGUUAAUGUGCAGUUAUCUGGAGUGUGCGCCGCGGAGUGGGACCUAAGCUGAUUAAAUUACAGGCUGCGUGGACACUCCGGCUUCAGGUUCCGACAUGGCAGGCCUGUCCAGCUACGCGUUACGCAUGGCCAGACUGAGCUCACAGAUCUUUGGAGAAGUGGUGCGUCCAACAGACUCGAAAUCUAUGAAGGUGAUCCAGCUGUUCCAGGAGCCCCCUAUGGCCAAGAGGAAGGAGGUGUAUGACUGGUACCCACAUCACAAGAUUUAUUAUGCCAUGACCCAGAAGCUCAGGUUCAUGGGACUGUUCAGAGAUGAGCACGAAGACUUCAAGGAGGAGAUGCGUCGGCUGAGGAAACUGAGAGGAAAAGGGACACCAAAGAAAGGAGAGGGAAAGAGAGCUGGCAAGAAGAAAUGAACUGCAGCACUGCUGCUCUAACACUGCUGCACAGGACCUCAGCUUCCCGUGUUUGUGUGCAGGCAGACAGCAUCGGCCUGUGUGCGCCGUCACUGUGGUCCUGAAAGCUUUCCUCCCGUCUGUCCUGUCGGUGUGCUGACAGGAUGCAGCAGUAUUAACUGAAUACCAUCUGUAUGUUACUGGACCUGUUUUUUGUGUCCCAAACAGCCAGUCAGAUGUGAUUGUUGAUAAUUGUUGAUGACCUUUGUCAUCAGAGCAAACACAGCAGUGAUAUUUUCAACAUCUGUGGAGUCAGAACAGAUGCUGCAGCUGAAGCGGAGCACCUUUCAGGAAUGGCUGAACUUUAUAGAAAUGGACACCCUUUAUUUUUCACAAUAAAGUUAAUCUGAUGAAUGU